GAGUAAUCUACAACUCUGCCCAAUCGUUUCGGGCGUGGAACGCAUGGCUACUGUGUGAUGCGGCCAUCCGGAGGCAUGAGCGGUGGAGCUUGGCUCCCACCUCAGCAGCGGCAAGACCGUCAAGUUGUUGAAGAGACUUUAAGGCGUCACAAGGCGACUCGCUUGGUGAAUGCCUGCACAGAGGAUGCAAGCAGAGUACAGGAGCUCCUAUCAGAGAGAGCAGAUCCAAACAUGGCAGAUGUUCAGUCUCGAUGGCCUUUGACACAAGCCGCAUUUGCGGGGGACUCCCGAGUGGUAUCCGUUUUGUUGGAGGCUCGAGCCGACCCCAAUCUGCCUUCAGAGGGUGAUCGAGCCAUACAUUUUUCUGCUUGGCAAGGUGACAAGACUGUGACAGGUUUGCUGUUGAGGUCGUCAGCAGAUGUCGAGGCCACCGACUCCAAUGGCUGCACGCCUCUCUGUGGAGCUGCUCUCAAGGGUCAUGUUGCCGUGGUGGAGCUCUUGUUGGCCAAUGGUGCUGACCCGUCUCGACAAGUGAAUGUCAAUGGGCAUGGGAGCUUGACACCAUUGAAAGCUGCACAAGAAGGCCGUUUCGUGAAGGUUGUGGAGGUCUUGAAAGAGGCAGUUGCUUCCCUUCCUCAGCCACGUCGGAACUCCUUCACAAUCCCAGUGCCAUCGCCUCUCGUGAAGAGCCGUUCACAAUUGACCACCUCUGGCAAGAACUCACCUGACAGUCUUGCAAGUCGCUCGAGUGGCCGGAAUGCAUCCAUGGUGUCUACCCUCUCGAACUGCCUUGCCAAGUGUCGUGGUGUUUGCCAAUGCUGCUAGUGCAACAACGGCAUCCCAAGAAAAUCAACUCUCCGGUUUCAUCGGGCAUUUGCCUGCCUGCAUAGGGCUGGCAAGCUCAGGCAAACUUGGACGAAGUAUAUAGAAGCUAGAUGAAGCUAGUAGAAAUGCUCAGGCUUUAAGUUGUGUAU